UUGGUCACAGCUGACGCCGUGCAUUGGAAAAGUAAACAUGCUUCGUUCUGGUGCAGGAACAAUGUUGUGAAGUGAAAACAUAUAGGGGAAUGAGUGUGUUAUGAAACAGUGAGUGCUGUGAUGUGAACUGGUGACAGUAGUCGACACGGAAAUCUUUACUAAAUGUGUUUCCUGUUAAAUCUACGGAAUUCCUCGUGGUAAACCGCCGAAAUUCGGUAAAAUGGGAACAAUUUGUAAAUUCUGUUUUAAUAACGUAAACAUUAUUAAAUUGCCCCUCUCAAGACAUGGGCACGUUUUAAGAGGAAAACCACCAGGUGUUGCAAGAAGUCUAAAAGAAAGACUUGAAGAAAUCAACUACAAAGAUCCAUCUUUGCAUUACAAAGUGGACAUUGGCUUUCCAAAACAAAGCUCUAAGUCGUCAACUGAUUCUAAAGGAAGACUUAAUAUCUACAGAGAAAAUAAACACCUAGAACCGCUUGCAAGGAAGAAGCAAUUGGAAAUACCCCUCAAUGAAGUGAAAGAAGUUUGGAAAAGAGAAUCAGCUGCAUCACAGAUAAAAGCAGUAGCUGACCAUUAUGGCAUCUACGAUGAUCUUUUUGGAGAUGCAUAUUUCUUCCCCUCUGUUAUGCUUGAUGUGCAUUAUAAGCAGAGUGAAGACUCAUUUGCCGCUGUGCACCGAGGCAAUGUCAUCAAACCUUCUGAGGCAGUCACAGCACCGGCAGUGUCAUAUGAAGCAGAUGCAGACACCCUCUGGACGCUGAUUCUUACAAAUCCGGAUGGUCACUUCACUUUAAAGGAUGCAGAAUAUGUCCAUUGGUUUGUGGGCAACAUUCCUGGAAAUAAUAUCAGCAAGGGUGAAGUUGUUUGGGAUUACUUGCAACCCUUUCCUCCCCGUGGAACUGGCUUCCACCGAUUUGUAUUUAUUUUGUACAAGCAAGAAAAGAAGAUGGAUUAUGAAAUGCUUAAAAAAGAUGGUUCUUGCUUGCGGUUAACAGACAGGACAUUUCGUACAUUGGAUUUUUACAGAGAAAGACAAGAUGACAUAACACCUGCUGGACUGGCAUUCUUCCAAUCUGAUUGGGAUUCAAGUCUGACAAAUUUCUUCCACAAUACUCUAAAUAUGCAGGAACCUGUGUUUGAAUAUGAUUUCCCACCUCCAUAUCAUCCGCCACAAAAAUGGUUUCCUCUGAAACAAGCUUUCAAUUUGUACAUGGACAGAUAUCGUGAUCAGAAGCAGAUUGCAAAAGAAUACUUGCUGAUGAAAUUAAGCAAAACACAUCCAUUUGAGAAACCUCCACCACCACUGAAAUAUCCAAAUGCGCAUCGUUAUGAAGAGGGAACACCUUCGUGGUUGAAAACAGAAAUUAGGAAAAACAGGCUUGGUUGGGGCCGAAUUAAUGAUUUUUAAUCAUAUUAUUGUAAACAUAUUUUUGUGAAUAAACUUGUUGCUGAGAAAAACUAGUUAUAAUUUAUAAUUCAUAUGUUUCAUGGUAUCAAACAUUGUUAAAUUUUGAAUGUGAUGUUCUGUACAGAAAUUUAUUUGGUAGUUGUACUGUAUUUACCCAAUUAUAAGAUGAGGUUUCUUCCCAA